GCAGGAAAUUCACAAGCCGAACCUCAAAUUCACUUUUCCUCUGGAGGGGUCCCUCCCAAAGAAUUGCUCUUCCAAACCAACAGUCGCCGGCUCGGGUCUUCUUGAGAGGUUCCAUUAUGUGACAUUCUGAUCACAUCGGAUCGAGCCGAGUUGAGUCGAAUCGCAUCGAACCCAGUCCAAAACACAUUGACAUCGCCGGCCUGGCCUUCAACAGCCAUGAAGCGAAUGACCCCCGAGUCCGAAGAGUACCCUCCAGCGCAGGUCAAGCGGAGUCGGCGUCUGGCACAAAGCACGCUCAAGGAGACUCAAUUGGUAGAUGAGGUCUAUCCCGACCUUGAUGACGGCGAUGAUGCCAAGGAUUCCGACGUCUCUACGUUCGCUCAUGACGACGACCAUGACGAUGACCGCGACGACGACGACGCCGACAACGUCUCAGCUGCCGGUUCAGCAACUACGCCCUUGACUCCCAUGUCUGGCAUGUCGCCCAGGAAGAAGUUCCCCUCGGAUCUCAAGACCAUCAAAUGCACUUGGUCUGGCUGCGAAAAGGCUUUCAAUCGGCCCGCCCGCCUGACCGCUCAUCUGCGCUCCCACACCAACGAGCGGCCUUUCAAGUGUCCCCACGACGGCUGUGACAAGUCCUACCUCGAGGAGAAACACUUGAAACAGCACCUCGGCGGUUCCCACUCGACUGAGAGAAAACACAUCUGCGAAGAGCCCGACUGUGGCAAGAGUUUCUUGACCAGCACCCGUCUCCGCCGUCAUCAGCUCGUUCACGAGGGCCAGGAACGUUUUCGCUGCCGAGACUUCCCUCCCUGCAACCAAUCUUUCCGCAAACACCAGACUCUACAGCGCCACAUUCGCGCAGAGCACCUCAAGGUCCCCGCCUUCCAGUGCAAGCACGAGGGCUGUAUAGCCGGUUUCGAUACUGCUUCCUCCCUCAGACGCCACACCGAGAAGGAGCACGCCGACAUCAAGUUUUGGUGUGAGGAAUGCAACAAGGACCUGGAAGACAACGCGACGAAUCGCACCGGCUUCCCGACCAUGGAGCAGCUGCAGCAGCACAUGAAGAAGUCGCACAUCAGCUGUACCUUUUGCGACCUCAUCUUCCCCAGCCGAGACGACAUGGAAUCCCACACGGAAUUGGAGCAUGCCAGCCUUGUCCAAGAUGGCCGCAAGAACGUUCUUUGUACACGUGACAACUGCGGCAAGGUCUUCAGCAAGCAAUCCAACCUGCAAGCUCACAUCAAGAGUUUUCAUGAUGGCUACCGCUUCGUCUGCGGCGAGUUUGAUGUAACCAGCGCCAAGGAUCCCAAGAUCGCCAAUUGGCCGUUGAGCGAUGGGUGUAAGGGUGGGUUCGCAACCAAGGCCAGCCUGGAAAAACACAUUCGCCAUGUCCAUCUGGACGUACCAAGAGCAGACCCGCCCGCUAGAUUGAGUCACCAGCCCUCUGCGCCUCAGGACAUGCUUGGCCAACUCACCAACACCAAUGAGAUGGCUCGGCGCACCAUCUGCUGUUCUUGGUUUGGUUGUCCCCUCAAGUUCGUCCAACAGCUUGAGAUGCAGAACCAUCUGCAAACCCACUUCGACCUGAACCUCGGUGCCACACUUGCGCAGGAUUUCAGUAUGCCCAACGUGCCAGCCAUUCCCAACGUUCCCGAUGUCAGCUUCCUCAACUUCGAGAUGGCCUCGCCGUUCCACAGCCAGCAUUCACCGUUUAGUAGCCAGCCAGUUACUCCGGGGUUGGGCGAAGAGUGGGGUUACUCUGCCCCUGCAACACCACAUGUCCCCGAUUACUUCCCAGAGGCCGAACAAGAGUGGCAACAUGAUGAGAUGGAGAUGAGACAACUCAUUGAGCCCAACGAUCUCAAUGGCCUCCUUGAUCCUGCGCUCAGGCACGCAGGAAUGUAAUAAUACCAAGAGGAAACACACCUUUGCAUUAGGCGGCGUUAUGAUUUAAGACGGAAAAGGCAUUUUCACGGCGUAUGAAAACGGUCCGACCGAUACUAGACGGUCAUGAAAAGCCAUGAUACCCUUUGCUUUUCGCUGUAGAUAAAUGGCAAGCGAUUCGGGGACAGUAUAUAGCGAUCAGCUGCAGUAUGGAAUCUGCAUAAGAAUCUGGCAAUCAAAAUUAAACUUGUUAUUCAACAACAGCAGCAGUGUCUGAACCUUCGCUAUUUUGUCGCUUUGACUGUUUAAUUGCUUCCAUAGCCAGACCAGAUCUAUG